AUGGAAAACUCCGAAUUUUCAAUUAAUUUCGAAUUAAAAGAAUAUUUCGAAGACUUGGAAACGCAAACCUCUUCGCCCAACAGCAGCUGCAUCGCUGCCCCGGACCUCGAGAGAACACCGCCGAAAGGCUCGGGGCAAGAGGAGGUUUACGGGACGGCGGGGGAGUUUGUGAGGGCGCAGUGGCUGCUGCUGCUGCUGCUGGUGGUUUUGCUGCUGCUGAGUUUGGCGAGCGAGGGCUGGGGCUGGCAGUGGCCAGCAGCAGCAGCUCCUGCUGCGCUGCUGUCGCUGCCCGUGCAGACGCAGUGGCCGCUGCUGCUGCAGCCCAGCAGCAGCUGCAGCAAAGACCCCCCGUUUGCUGCAGUGCUGGUGCUGACAGCCCCUGGGGCCUGGGAAGCUCGUGCUGCAGUGCGGGGGACUUGGGGUGGCGAGGGUGUGGUGAGGGGGCGGCGAGUGCGUGUGUUUUUCGUGUGCGUGUGUUUUUCGUGGUGGGGUCGGUGUCUGCUGCUGCUGCUGCUGCUGCUGCUGCUGCAGCAACUCAGCAGCGAGGCGCAGCAACACGGAGACAUCCUCCAGCUUGCUGCGCCCGACAGCUACCGGCUGCUGACGCACAAGACCAAAGCUGCGCUGCAGUGGGCCGCAAACUUCUGCAAAGAAGCAGCUUUUUUGGUGAAGGCCGACGCAGACAUUUACCUCAACUUGGAGAAGCUGGUGGCUUUCCUGGAGGCCAAACGGGGGGCCCCCCUGGCCGCGGGGGCCCCCCGCAGGGGGGCCCCCCUCAUCACCGACCCCACCCACCGCAACUACCAAGACCCCGCGCUGCUGCCCCACAGGGCCCACUACCCCCCGUACCCUGCGGGGCCCCUCUACAUUCUUUCGGGGGAGUUGGGGGCCCUCCUGGCCCGGGGGGCCCCCUGGCAGCCGCUGCUGAGCAACGAGGACUGCUUCGUGGGGGCCCUUUUGGAGGCCCUGGGGGCCCCCCUCGAGGCCACUGGCCCGGGGGCCCCCAUCAGCCUCUACGCCGCAGACUCCGAAGACUUCGCCGCUUUCCAAAACUUCCUCGCUGUCCACCCUGUCAGUCCGCAGCGGCUGCUGCAGCUCUGGCAGCAGCUCCACUAG